CGCCCCGCUCGCCGCUAGGACGCCAGCCCUCUCCUCCCCUCUUCCCGUCGGUGUGGUGUGCGCGGGCGGGCGUCAGGGCAGAGAGGACUUGGCUUUGGUUUUUUUAAGCCCUUUUUUUGCCCGCCCGCUUCUCCCUCCGCUUUAAUAUAUGCUUCUGGAGAGCGACGUCCCCCCGCGCCGCCUCACCGCCCAGCCAUGUCGGCGGCCAUCUCUGCCGCGGAGAAAGUGGAUGGCUUCACACGGAAAUCGGUGCGCAAGGCUCAGAGGCAGAAGCGCUCGCAGGGCUCCUCGCAGUUCCGCAGCCAGAGCAGCCAGGUGGAGCUCUCGCCGCUGCCCCAGCUCAAAGAUGCCACCUUCAAUGAACAGCAAGAUCUUUUUUGUCAGAAGUUGCAACAGUGUUGCGUACUCUUUGACUUCAUGGACUCUGUUUCAGACCUGAAAAGCAAAGAAAUUAAGAGAGCAACACUGAAUGAACUGGUUGAAUAUGUUUCAACAAAUCGUGGAGUGAUUGUUGAAUCAGCUUAUGCUGACAUAGUGAAAAUGAUUAGUUCUAAUAUUUUCAGAACACUUCCACCUAGUGAUAACCCAGAUUUUGAUCCAGAAGAAGAUGAACCAACUCUUGAAGCCUCAUGGCCCCACAUACAGUUGGUGUAUGAAUUUUUCCUGAGGUUUUUGGAGAGCCCGGAUUUUCAGCCUAGCAUUGCAAAGCGAUAUAUUGACCAGAAAUUUGUACAGCAGUUAUUGGAGCUCUUUGAUAGUGAAGACCCACGAGAACGUGAUUUCCUAAAGACAGUUCUUCAUCGAAUUUAUGGAAAAUUCCUUGGUUUAAGAGCAUUCAUCAGGAAACAAAUUAACAACAUUUUCCUCAGGUUUAUAUAUGAAACAGAGCACUUCAAUGGUGUUGCUGAACUCCUUGAGAUAUUAGGAAGUAUUAUCAAUGGUUUUGCACUGCCACUGAAAGCAGAACACAAACAGUUCCUUAUGAAAGUUCUGAUUCCCAUGCAUACUGCAAAGGGAUUAGCUUUGUUUCAUGCACAGCUCGCCUAUUGUGUUGUACAGUUCCUGGAAAAAGAUACAACUUUAACAGAGCCUGUAAUCAGAGGACUGCUCAAAUUUUGGCCAAAAACCUGCAGUCAGAAAGAGGUAAUGUUUUUAGGUGAAAUUGAAGAAAUCUUAGAUGUAAUAGAACCGACGCAAUUCAAAAAAAUAGAAGAGCCUUUAUUUAAGCAAAUAUCCAAGUGUGUGUCAAGUUCACAUUUUCAGGUUGCAGAAAGAGCUUUGUACUUCUGGAAUAAUGAAUAUAUUCUUAGCCUGAUUGAGGAGAACAUUGAUAAAAUUCUACCAAUUAUGUUUGGCAGUUUAUACAAGAUCUCCAAAGAACACUGGAAUCCAACUAUUGUGGCACUGGUAUAUAACGUGCUGAAAACCCUGAUGGAAAUGAAUGGCAAGCUUUUUGAUGAACUUACAAGCUCAUAUAAAGCAGAAAGGCAAAGAGAGAAAAAGAAGGAAUUGGAACGUGAAGAGUUGUGGAGAAAGCUAGAGGAGUUAAAGCUCAAGAAGGCUAUGGCAGAAAAGCAGAACAGCACUCACAAUGUGCUAAAUGCACACAAUACAAGUGCCAAAUAAAAGAAAUGACCACCUCUACUCGGCAGACAUACUUUUUUGUACCCUUUUGAAAUAUAUAAGGAUUUGCAAAAGAAACCUCAUCAGUAUAAUAGAAACAGCCAAUUUUUUUCUCUGGCAAAUGUAAAGAUUUGAAUUUAAAUACAGCAGUUAAGUGAUGUCAUUACCACAGCAUAUUGUAAAUUUGUCUAAUUAUUGAUAUACUGUCACUUCCAGCGUUUCAUAGAACUGAAAUAUCAUCCUAAUGAGUGAAAUAAUUAUGGGAGUGGUGAGAAUUAUGACUUGAAUUUUUGAUUGUGUUGCACAUAGGUGGUAUAGUUUGCUAUGUACAUUUUUUCCUUGUUUUAUAUGUGCUUUUCACAUUGCUGCAUACUUUGGUUAAGAUUAUAGAAAAGGCUUCUAGUUGUGCUGUAUUUUCUCAAAUAAAACCAAGGUACAUUACCAUAACUCAAGAUAUUUGGUAUGUGCCCCUUACAGCACUGAAAGGAACUCGGAUACAGUGCUGUCCUUGAAUUCCUGAUCAGAUUUAGAUUUAGAUAAUGCUCACAUGAGAAUGAGGCAAAGUAAGGGGAGAAAGUCAGCUUGAACAGGUUGGGGUGGUCCAUGUGUCUGACCUACCCCUUGGUGAGUGCUGCUACCCCAUUCUUGCUGCCUCUUGAUCCUGGGCUACUUAGAUAUUUCCUCCUGCUACAGCUGAGGAUGGAGCUUCCUCCAGUGAGCCCAUCAAUGAUGUUCCUUAUCAGCCCAAGGACUCCCUGUGGAGUAGUCCAGGUCUCCUAGAGACUACCUUGGAGGUUUCUGCAUUAGUUUUAGCAUCCCAUAGACUGAAAAAUGAGACCAAAAUUGGGAUUACUUUUUUUUUCAGUAAGGAGGGAAGGAUGUCAAUAAAUAGUUCCUUGUUUUAUUUAAAGAAAAUGCAGUCUGUUUCUUAAAGGUGGAAAGUUGACAAUAGAAGUCUUGUCUGUUUACUUGAUCAAGUAUUUUUCACAUCUUUUAUCAGAGUACCAUUCCAAUCUCUUAAAUUGCAGUUGUGUGGAAAACUUUUGUAAUGAAAGAUCUUUGGGGAAUUAAGCAGCAUUCAAUAAAGUCUUUAUGUUUGUA